AAAAAAAAAAAACUUCUGUUUCUGCCCUCUGCCUAUACUCACUUCUAUAUAACUUCCAAGUUAUUCACAAGUUCAACCCAUUAGUUCCAUCUCUGUAUUCUUCUUCAUAACUUCAACCCCUAAGUUCUAUCUCUGCACUUUUCUGCUACUCCUCUUUCAUUCAUUUUCUUUUUCUUGUUCCUCAUCAAAGGUUUCAGAAUCAAAUAUUCAACAUGGCAUAUGAAGAUCAAUCUCUGCUGCUAAAAUAUGAUACUCUUCUCUUUGACCUAGAUGAUACCCUUUAUCCCCUAAGCACUGGUUUCUCAAAGGAAUGCACCAACAACAUUCAAGAAUACAUGGUUCAGAGGCUAGGUAUUCAAGAAAGUAAAGUUUCUCAAUUGAAUCAAGAAUUGUACAAGAACUAUGGAACCUCAAUGGCAGGUCUCAAGGCUAUUGGCUAUGAUUUUGACAAUGAUGAAUAUCACAGCUUUGUUCAUGGAAGAUUACCUUAUGAGAAGCUGAAGCCUGACCAUGUUCUAAGGAGUCUUCUGCAAAGCUUGCCUUUCCGUAAAGUUAUUUUCUCAAAUGCUGAUAAAGCUCAUGUGGCUAAAACCCUAAGCAAGCUUGGAUUGGAGGAUUGUUUCGAGAGGAUUGUAUGCUUCGAGACCCUGAAUCGGACUACCUCUGAUCAUAAGAUUGGAAGUGAAACGCUUGAAAUCUUUGAAUCUGAUAAUGGUCAAAUGCUUCCUAAAACUCCAAUAGUCUGCAAACCAUUUGAAGAUGCAUUUGAGCAGGCCUUUAAGUUGGCUGACAUCCAUCCCCAAAGAACAAUAUUCUUUGAUGAUAGCAUCCGGAACAUACAGACAGGGAAGCAAAUGGGACUCAGGACUGUGUUGGUGGGCAAAUCGAACCGAAUUUCGGGGGCUGAUUAUGUUGUUGAAAGCAUCCACAACAUGAAGGAAGCACUGCCAGAACUCUGGGAAGCAAACAGAAGCGAAUCAGAAACUAGAAAAUAUACAGGAAAUGUUUCAAUUGAAACAUCUGUGACGGCCUAACUUAGAAUAUCUCUGUAUCUGUGACAUCGCUCUUUUCUGCGGGAAAUUUUUGCACCUAAUUAUGAUCAUCAAUAAAUUUUAUUUUAUUUAUUA